AUUGCCAAAAACUCGCAACUUACAAUUUCAGUCAUGAUUGAAACCGAAACAGCUAUGUUAUUGACAUAUAUUUGAGAACCAUCGCGCUCCACUCUGGACACUGCUGAACAAAGGAUGUGAUGUCACCGAAAAAGGAGUGUACUACUCGGAGUACAAGUCUUCAAGCGAAAGACAGUCGGUCAGUCUGGGAGCACUUUCAAUAGGCAGGAUUGGAAUUAUCGGCAAAGGUGUUAUUGCUUGUGGAUUAGCAGCUACUAUAGGUAUACGCUACAGUGCAUGUCGCAAGCAGUUUGGACCCGCCAAAGGAGAAGAGAUUCCAGUGCUAGAUUAUCCACUGCAACGACAUCGUCUGUUUCCAUUCUUAGCUGGACAUUUUACACUGCGAACAUUUCAGAAUAAGUUCUGGGAACACUUCACUGGCUAUAUGAUGCGCGCGCUCGAUCAAGCACGACAAGCUUGUGGAGGUCAUGGUUUUCUCCACUCAUCAAGACUAAAUGAGCUACGAGACAGUUUUGAUCCUUCACAAACAUUUGAGGGCGAAAAUCACAUGAUCCUACAACAAACCAGCAACAUUCUAUUAGAUUGGGCUCGCACAGGCAGGAGUGGAACUACUCCAAUGAAUACCUUCGAAAUGCUGAAUACGAAAGAACACGAAAGAUUCAAAAACUUUGGAAAAGACAUCAUAGAUGAUGUCCUACAUGCGUACAGAUGGCUUAUCGUGUACUAUUUGAAUGAGACAAAACGCUCAUUCGACGAGCUGAUGAAGGAGAAUGGCAACAAUACAUUUGAUGCACGUAAUCGAUCACAGGCUCGCACAGGCAGGAGUGGAACUACUCCAAUGAAUACCUUCGAAAUGCUGAAUGCGAAAGAACACGAAAGAUUCAAAAACUUUGGGAAAGACAUCAUAGAUGAUGUCCUACAUGCGUACAGAUGGCUUAUCGUUUACUAUUUGAACGAGACGAAACGCUCAUUCGACGAGCUGAUGAAAGAGAAUGGGAACAAUACAUUUGAUGCACGUAAUCGAUCACAGGUCCAUAAAGCACAAAUGCUCGGCAUCGCUUACGCAGAGCACACUGCGAUUCAAUGGGCUGCCGACAUCUAUAGGCAGCUGGACAAUCCACAAAUCAGCCAGGUUAUCAAUUCACCUAAUUCCAUAUUUACUUAUUUCUACCAUAAAAAGAGAAUACAUCUUUGUUUCAUUGCAUUUCUUAGUGGCUACGCGAUCCAUUAAUA